AUGGGCCUCUGUGAGCUCGGCAACUGUCCUCAAACAACAGGCUGUGGUAUCCUACGUGGCACUGCCAGGCCUGCCGUGGGUGCCCGCAUCAACCUCAUCUCAUUUUACUUUGUGGGCACUCCUGUGGCUGUUGGCUUAGCCUUUUUCCUCAGGGUUGGCUUUAGUGGUCUCUGGAUAGGGCUCUUAUCAGCCCAAGUCGCAUGUGCCGUGUCUAUUCUCUAUGUUGUGUUGAUGCGGACGGACUGGGAAGGUGAGGCUAUGAAGGCUAAGAAAUUUACUAGCAAUGGCUUGGAGAUGAGCAAUGCUACUACUUGCAAUGUGUUGGUGAGAGAUAAGGUUGAAAAUAAUGGAGAGAGAAAAGGGUUUUUAGUUGAUAACAUGGAUGAUGUUUGGUAG